UGGCCUUCCCCACCUAAGCCCUUGGCCGGUUCAGCUGGCCCCACCCCUUCUUCCUCUACUGGCCGGGAGGUCUGGUGCGCGGUGCAUCGCGAAGAUCGCGGCCUGGCUAUCCGGGCAAGGCGGUUUUGGCGCUUGAGGGUGGCACGCCAGGCACGGGGCGCGAGGCAGAGCUGGCGCGGCAGGGUGCUGGGGGAGGGUUCGGCGGAGCCUCCAGAAGAGAGCAGGGCCAGGCGGGGGGUGCCGAGGCAAGUGAUCCUCUGGAGCUGAGGGAGCAUCAUGGCUGUGUUUCUGGAAGCCAAGAAUGCCCAUGCAGUCCUGAAACGGUUCCCUCGUGCCAAUGAGUUCCUGGAGGAGCUACGUCAGGGCACCAUCGAGCGGGAGUGCAUGGAAGAGAUUUGCAGCUAUGAAGAGGUCAAGGAAGUAUUUGAGAACAAAGAGAAGACAAUGGAGUUUUGGAAGGGAUACCCAAAUGCAGUCUACUCAGUCCGAGACCCUUCCCAGAGCUCAGACGCCAUGUAUGUGGUGGUGCCCCUUCUGGGGGUAGUCUUGCUGAUUGUCAUUGCCUUGUUUAUCAUCUGGAGGUGCCAACUGCAGAAAGCAACUCGUCACCACCCCUCCUAUGCUCAGAACCGGUACCUAGCUAGUCGCGCCGGACACAACCUCCCCCGAGUCAUGGUGUAUAGGGGUACUGUGCAUAGCCAGGGAGAGUCCUCUGGGCACCGUGACACAGGGAAUAACCCACAGAUUGUCCUGGGGCCCAGCCGGGGAGGUAGAACCACUGUCCGGUUGGAGAGUACCCUCUACCUCCCUGAGCUCUCUCUCUCCAGACUGUCCAGUGCUACCCCUCCCCCCUCUUAUGAAGAGGUGACUGCACCCCAGGAGGGCAGCAGUGAGGAGGCCAGUGUCUCUUACAGUGACCCUCCCCCAAAGUAUGAAGAGAUUGUGGCAGCCAGCCCCAGUGCAGAAAAGUAGCUGAGCACAGGCCCCGGCCUGUAAAAAAGCCUCUGCCAGAGGUAACCUGCUUUCUUUUGGACUUCUGAAAGACUGUGCCACCACAAAACAGCCUUAGCCUCCUUGUUGCCAAAUAAUUCCCUAACCGUGUAGGAAGUCAUUUGGAAGAGACAGUUGGUAUGUGUGCUCUUAAGUGCCAGGGGUUGGGGGAUGGGAGAACAGGGGCACAAAGGACAAGUGCAUGAUCCCCCUGGGAGGAGCUACAGACUUGAGAGCCCAAGUCUUCCAGAUCCCCCGCUGCCAUAACCAAGUCCCCACUAUCCAGCCCCUCAUUAGGAACUGGCUUCUUUUAAGCAAAAGGAACCAUCCCAUGGUGUUGAUUG